CUUGAAAUCAUUUUGCAAUCCUAGCCUGAUCUUUAAUAGCUGUCAGUGAAGACACCUAGGAUGGAGAAGCGGAUAUUAAAUACUACUUUUGUUUUGACGCUUUCCUUUUUUUCAUAGGAGUAUUUGCUGCAUAUGAAAGUGUGUUUUUGUUAAUGAGUUUGAUUUUCCAAAAAUUUUUGGUGAAGAAAGAAAUUUUUUUCCACAAUAUAUGCAAAUGAAAAUUUUCUACCUACAGAGCUCUUGUAUUAUCUUUCGGAUUGUUAGUUUUUUUUGGGACAACUUUUUUGCCUUUUUGUGACUCAUUACUCUCCUUACUUAUUUAUUACCUCUUCACCAGAUAAUUCAUAUAGCAGCUCAUAAACAAUUUCCUGUUUGCAACUGCAGGUAAGGAUCAGCAACAAAUCCAUCAUCCUAAGACCAAUCACAACAACCAGUAUCCUAUCAUCUGUUGAUUCCUCAUCAAUGUCCUUUUCCAUCCAUCUGAAAGCCUUUGUGAAUCUCAGACUGUGGGUUGGUUUAUUUGUGGAUUUUAAGGUCUCUUUGGGGCCCAGAGCAGGUGUGAGUGCUACAGGAGCACAUUUGCCCUCCAUUCAGAUUUUCUGGGGCAGAAGACAUGAUAAAGAGCAAUAAGAAACUAAAUUCCCAAGAUGGCGCAACAAAUGCUAUCACAAGUAACAAUGUCAACAAACAGGUCAAUAACCUGGCUCUCUUCUGCCAACCGAAUGCCCCAAAUAGCUUUUCAUUGUUCUUGGAAAGUUUUGUGCCCCCUGUUGCAAAUUCCCUGAGGCAUUUUGGGAGUCUGCCGCUCUUCGGCCCCGUCUCCCUCCAGUUGGCACAGAUAAAGACUCAGUUGGCACUUCACCAGCUGAAUGCAAUUGCUGGCACAAGCGUCGCUCCGUCUGCAGUUGCUACACCUGCUUUGACCUUGCUCAACUUGCUUAAGGUCACCAUGUCGCAUCCAUUAUAUAAUCCCCGUGGAGGGCUGUUUCCCAGUGGUCAGAGACCCGUCGUGCCUGGCCAGUAUGGUCUUGGGUCACAGCCUCGAAUGGAGCUGGGACCAGCCCGUCUUGGCCCAGGUUCCAUGUCCGGUUCUCGAGGGGGAUUGGUCAACCAGCCUUUCUCACUGGGACAACGUCAGUCGCAGAUUUCCCCAGAUCUUGAAGCCGCCAUAGACCAGAACCUUCGGGGAGCCCGCGAGGAAGUGCGCCUUCUCACUCAAAUGCUCCAGCAACCCAAAAAACCAGAUCCCCGCAUGAGAAAGGACACGAGGGAUGAAGUGCUUUCCUCCGGAGGGAGCGUCUUUCCAGGGUCUUCGAGAUCUGAUGAGGGAGACUGGUCCAUAUACCAAGGCCCAGGCAAGCUCUUUGGAUCUUCAAGCUUGGAUCGUCCUUCCAGUUCCUCACAGCUGUUCCAGUCUUCUGGUUUUGGUGGAGCAUCAAGCGGUUUAGACAGCCAACCUCCACCAGAACAGCGGCCUUCACGUUACACUUCUGAAAGUGCCAGCAGCAUCCUAGCAAGCUUUGGACUCUCCAAUGAGGACCUAGAGCUUCUAAGCCACUAUCCAGAUGAUCAGCUGACUCCUGACAACCUACCGUUUAUUUUGCGGGACAUCCGUAUGCGUAAAGUGAAAAGGGACGUUGAUGCGAGAUCUGAAUACAGCAAAGUCAUUGACUAUGGACAUUCGAGUAAAUUUGGCUAUCCUGAGGAGAGCUCAGAUGGCUAUGCAAGUGAACACCUACCUAAAGAGUCAUCAAAGUAUGGGAGUGAGGUCUCUAGACCACCCUUCGGUGGAAUGGACAUCACAAAGCAUCCUCAGCCGUGCCAACCAGCUCCAGCCCCUGUUCCAAAGCUUCAGAAACCUCUACCAUUGGAUCCAAGACUCAUGAAGACGAUCCCAGCAAGACCACCUGCGCCCCAGACUGUUCUGCCACCAACUAGUCGACCUCCAGCGCAGAUGCCACCUCAACUGGGUCUUCUUCCAAUGAUGGCCAUGGACGACAUCUCCGGAGGUCCGAAUGCCAACUGGAUCCCGUUCCUUUCCCCUCCAGUCAGCGUGCCUGCCACCAAGAGGCUUCCGACUCCUACCAUGAUGAAUGAUUACUCAGCAGCUACUCCUAGAAUCUUUCCUCAUACAUGCUCUCUAUGUACCAUUGAAUGUGUCCAGAUUAAGGACUGGCUUGAACAUCAGAACACAAAUCUUCAUAUUGAGAGUUGUAGGCGUCUUAGGAAACAAUACCCUGACUGGAAUGUUGAGGCUGUCUCUGUUUCCAGACCUGAGCCCAAAUCAGAACACAGCAGCUCAAAGCGGCACACCCGAUCACACUCGUACUCCAGAUCCCCCAGUCCGAAGCGGCACCAUGACUCUUCAAGCCGUCGUAAACGAUCCCGUUCACGCUCCCGAUCCCGAAGCCCUAGAAGGUACCGGCGUAGCAGAAGUCACAGCCGGUCCCCCCAUAGGAAGUCUCGAGUCAGUCCUUAUAGGUCCCGUAGGUCCCGUAGUCCUCCAUCUCAACGGUCAAGGUCUCCAGGUUACAGUAGGCGCUCUCCUCCACGCCGCUCGAGUCCCCGCCGGAGCAGCCCCUCCCGGCAACAGAGAUCCAGCAGUGGCGAACGACUGGCCAUGAAACUCAUGUCAUCAGCUGAGUUUUCAUCAAUUACAGACAGUAAUACUUUGAAGGCUGUGGUGAAGUCCUUGGCACCAGCUCUGCUGGCUGAGCUAGCAAAGAAGAAAAGUGCUUCCUCUACUUCCUCAUCAAAGGGAAGCAGCAGCAGUAGUUGGAAACGGUCUUCACCACCUAAGAGACCUGAGUACCCCAAGACAAGCAGAACCUCCACCACAAAGACCUCCAGCACUCCAAAGCAUGAUGUGAAGCCUAAAGCCAGGGAUGCCCCAGGCACAUCCUGUUUGCUGAGGCUCAUUGGAGUUCCUCAUGGUACCACCAGCAAAGAAUUGACUGAUGCCAUUGAACCUUUUGGCAAGAUAUAUACUGCCAUCCUCCUGAAGGCGAUUCGUGAGGCCUCUGUGUGUAUGGAGAGAGAGGAGGAUGCCAAAGCUUUGCUCAACUGUAAGAACCUGACAAUUCGUGGUCAGGUCAUCAAGAUCUGCAUGGAGAAGGAUGCAAGAGAUGAUGAUGAGAGGAAAUCAGUUAAGACUGAAAAGUCUGUAAAGAAAAAAGAAGUGACUACGACAAAACCAACUCAGUCAGCAAAAGUAAAGGGUGCAAACCCAGUAAAAGGUGCAAACCCAGUAAAAGGUGCAAACCCAGUAAAGGGUCCAAACCCAGUAAAAGGUGCAAACCCAGUAAAGGGUCCAAACCCAGUAAAAGGUCCGAACCCAGUGAAGGCAUCUCAGCCAGCUAAAGCAAAAGAGUUGCCAGGUUCCAAGACAUCUCAAGUAACCAAGGGAAAACUGAAUGACCCCAAAAAGAUGGUACAGACAGCUAAAGCUAAGCCCCCUGCUAAGGAUUCAGAGACCCCAGUUGCCAAGAAACUUGUGAAGAAGGAAAUACCCUGGAGAAAAAAUAUAGUUGAGAUUGCAAAUCUUCCAGAGAAAGGGGUUACUGAGGAUGAGCUCAUCAACCUUGCUAAACCAUACGGGUUCACUGCAACUCCUGUCAUAGCAAUCACUCAACAAAAGGCCUACCUGCAGAUGCCCAACACAGAGGCAGUUGAAGCAAUGGUGAAGGCCUGCUCUGAGAACCCAGCUAAAGUUCAAGAGAACGAGAUAACCGUAAAGAUGAUGAUGCAACCUAUAGACCUGAACUACACUGAGUCAGUUUUCAGAGUGCUCAUGGACAUGGAGAAAUCACCUGAAAUCAUCACAUUGCCAGAACGCCUUCUCAUUGUUGGUAAUGUGCCAAAAACACUUGAGGCAAUCAAAGAAGUAGAGACUGUAAUCAAACGCUAUGGUAACUUCAAGAAGGUUUUGCCACUAAAUGGCAGGAUGAUUUUUGAAAUGGAGAAUGCUACUAUUGCUAGGACUAUCUUCAUCCGCUUCCUCAAGUUCCGUUGUGUAGUCCAGAACAAUACCCUCAACUUUCAACUGGCUAAACCAAUCAAGCUGAAAAAGAAGCCAGACGCAAAAGGAGCAAAGCCUCCUGGUCAAUCAGCAGCAACAGAAAAAAAACCUAAUACGGUCAAAGCCAAAAAAACAGUAGCUGCGACAGCAUCUGCUAGUGCAUCUACUGAAUCUGCUGUGCAUAGUAAAGAAAAUUUGAAUGCUAACGCAGCUGCAACUGAAGUUACUGCAGCUCCCAAAGACAUUGCAGUUGAUACGUCUGCUAAUGCAGAAACAACUACUCCUGAGAAUAAAGCAGAGAUGGAUACCCAAGCUGUUAAUGAAACUGUCAUGGUAACCCCGGAGACUGAAUCUGUGAAAAAAGAGCAUGAAGCUGGAUCCUUAGUUCCCAGUGCAGAACCUGAGUCUAUGAACAAGGAGCUUGAAAUUGUAUCCUCUGUUCCUUCUUCAGAAUCUGCUGUUUCAGUUGAGUCUGGGAAAGCAGAGCUUGAAGUUGAAUCAUCUGUUCCUGCAACAGAAUCUGCCAUUUCAGGUGAGUCUGGGAAAGCAGAGCUUGAAGUUGAAUCAUCUGUUCCUGCAUCAGAAUCUGCAGUUCCAGUUGAAUCCAUGAACACGGAGCAUGAAGUUGAAUCCUCUGUUCCUGAUUCUGAAUCUGGGAAAACAGAGCUUGAAGUUACAUCCUCUGUUCCUGCUUCAGAAUCUGCAGUUUCAUUUGAGUCUGGGAUAACAAAUCUUGAAUUGGCAUCCUCAGUUCCCUCAGGAGAAUCUGCUGUUUCAGUGGAGUCUGCUAAAGCAGAGCAUGAAUUGGCUUCCUCAGUAUCUGUUUUAUUUGACACAACUGAUCAGACAAACAACAAUCAGCUUAUCCCACAGGCUGAAGAUGCUCCCAAAGAAUUGGUUCCGACAUCUGUGGAAGAAAGCAAAAUUGACAGUGAAAAGCUAGCAGAAGACAAGAAUAUUGAGACCAAGUCAGAAAUUGAUAUUGCUGCUUCAGCUGUUAGCAGUGAGGAAACUACAGUAGAGGCCAUGGAGACCGAGAGUCCAGAAGAACCUACCAAAAGCACUGAUGUCAAAGAGGAAGAAAGUGGACCACAGGAUCUCAAGAUCAUGUGUGAGGGCCAAUCGAAUGACUUGACACCAACUGAACCUUUGAAGGCGGAUGUUAGCCAUGAGUCUAGUAAUCAAACCGAACCUGCAGCCAUUGCAUCUGACUCCAUUCCAACCUUAGAUUCUGCUUCUGAUUUGCCCUCCACUUCUGAUCAAACUGUCAGUAAUUCAUCUGUCACAGUUAAUUGUGCCUCAAACUUUCCCCAAACAGUGCCUGAGCCCUUCCAGAUUGAUGACAACUCUCUGGACUUUCCUCCGGUUACACAGGAAAUUUUGAAGGCCCUCGAAUUAGCUGUCCAUCAGUGUCGCUUGCAGUCUUCAUUAAAACGUGCUGAAGAGGAAGCCAAACAGAAGGCCGAGUUGGAGAAAAAAGCUGCAGAGAAGACAACCACAAAAGGUUCAUCAAGCUCAAAGAAGCCUGCUCAAGCGACCAAGAAAACCACUCAAGCUGAGAACAAAAAGCAGGCUGAGAACAAAAAGCAGGCAGAGAAAGAGAAAAAGUCUCAGAACACUGGUUCCAGAAGCAGGCCUGUGGACACCUCGUCCCCUGAAAAGGAGCCAGCUUCUAGGCACAGGAGCAGGGGUAAUUCUGAAGAAGAUAGUAGUACCACCAGGCGUGGAGGAUCCUCUGGGUCAUCCUCCCGAAGAAGUAGGCGGGAAUCCAGCCCUCCAUCAAAGCGAUCAAGGGGGCAUGAUGUUGAUCGCAGGAGUCAUAGCAAAAACUCACAGCCCUCAAGGGGUCACUCAAAAACAAGGACAACGGAAAAGGAAAACGAUGACGAACCGUUUCCAUUUAACAUUGAUGAGUUUGUCACUGUUGACGAAGUAGGGGAUGAUGCAGAGGACACUGUGGCAUCAAACGCUGAAUCUUCAGCCAGAGACGAGAAGAUUCACGAUGAACCUGAUCUCCAUACUAUCAUCUCUCCCAUUGCACAGUCAAAUCAAGCUAAUACAUCAGAACAUACUGACAAGAUUAUACCUUCUGAGACCAGGGAUCCUGGAGUUAUUGAAUGUACAGACAAAAUGGACAUCAAGACUGAAGAUUCCACACCAGUAGUGGAAGUGGUUGCAUCUCAAAAACCAGAAGAGCAUGAGCUUCAGGAAGAGAGUGUUGAUAAACCAUUGGGAACAGAUGGGAUGGAAACUGCUGUUGUUAAGAGUGAGACAGGAGAGCUUUGUAUUGUAGCAGAAAGUGUUUCAGCCGAGAUGGAUGCCAAUGUUGAGACCCAUUCAAAAGAAAGCACUGACAAUGGGGUCUUGGAUAAAUUUGAUCCAAGCCAGUCAGUUUCCUCCUCUCCUUCAGAGAAGGAAGGCUGCCCACCAACUUCUACAGAAACAUUAGUGAAGUCAGAAGAUGACCAUCCCGAGCAGCCUGAAACAUCUGCCCCAGAGAUUGACAGUAAAGAUGAGGCAAUCUCUGAACUUCCAUCCCAUGAUGCUUUGGUUACUCUUGAUGAGGUCAGUGAGGGUGAAGAAGAGUAUCUUGAUGAAUCAAAUGAGGAUCAGCAUUCAAAGGCUGAUGAAGUACCUGAGGCACUUUUAACAGUUGAUGAGGUUGGAGAUGAUGAAACUGGGGGUGAAGAAUACCAGUUGGACAAAGAACUUCAAGGCCUGGUCACACUGGAUGAGAUUGUUGAUGAAGAGGAGGAGUUUGACUCAUUCAACCCUGAGACUCUUGUAACUUUGGAUGAGGCCAAAGGAGAUGAUGAGGAGAUUGAGGAAUUGGAGCAGAGUGAAGCCAAGCCAACCAGUCCCAGCAAAACAACACAAAUCAUACCAGAGGAGCCUGUGAAAUCACCAAGCCAAGAAGAGGAUGCCUGUGACCUGGAUGAGCUCCGCAAGAUGAACUUUGUAACUGUGGACGAAGUAGGGGAGGAGGAGGAAGAGGAACCUAGUGAAGAGAUCAAAGAGGAGAAGCAAGUUAAAAAGAGAGCUACAAGGGCCAAAAAGAGGGCUCGUCAGACCCCAGUGAGGCGAUCCACAAGGGGUAAAAGAGGGGCGACAAAGAGUGCUGAAGAAGCAGAAGAGCCUGAGAUGAGUGCGGAGUGUGAACCAGCGGCAGCAACUUCCGUAAGCGAGAGUCCUCCUGCAACUGUAGAAUCCAUGGACCUUGAUGUUAAGCCAGAACCGCAAAAGGCUGAAACCGUAAAAGUUCCAGAUUCAUUGUGUGCAGAGGUCUCCUCAGGUUCAGAAGAGGACAGGCCUAUAGCUAAAGAUGAUGACAAUUCUAAGUCAGAAAACGAUAUUGUUGGCACACCAGUCCCUGAUAAAAAAUCCACUGUCAAAGAAGAGUCCAAGCAACGUCGGGAGAUGGAGCCCAUACAGGAACCUGAGACUAAAAAGGCCCGCUCUCAGUCCCCUGUGAUUGAAGACUUCACUUUGCCCCCAUUUAGCCCAGACAACCCCAUUGGGGUUGACUUUGUGGUGCCCAAGACUGGUUUCUUCUGCAGACUCUGCUCUCUGUUUUAUGGCAAUGAGGAAACCGCUAAGAAAAAUCACUGUAGUAGCCUAAGGCAUUACCAGAACAUGGAGAAAUACUACAAGAAGCUCAAGUCUCAGCAGCAGGGUGGCUGCUCAACACAGACAACGUCCAGUCAAAGUUCUGCAUCUGAAUAGCCUCUAAGAGUUUUUUUUUUUUUUUUUGUAAUAAUGUUAACAGAGGGGUCCAAUUAAUUUGUUGUAAAGUUUUAUUAAUUUUUCUUGUUUUGAAAGAAAUGCAUUGCCUCAUGUUAAAUAAAGAUGGUAAGAACACAUACUCAGUCGAAAA